AUGUCUGGCCCUUACGACAACCAAGGCGGCUACGGCUACGGCGGCCAUCAGCAAGGCCAAUACGGCCAGCAAGGCCACGGUCAGCAGGGUUACGAUCAGAACUACCCUCAGCAAGGCCAGGGCUACGGCCAGCAAGGCGGAUACGGACAGCAGCCAUACGGCCAACAGCAAGGCUACGGCGCACCACCAGCCCCCUCAUACGGCCAAGGCUACGACCAGAACCAACAAGGCGGCAGCUACGGCGGCCCCCCGCAACAAGGCGGCUACAACCACGGCCAAAGCGCGCCCCAGUACGGCCAACAGCAAGGCCAAUACGGAGGACAAGACUACAACAACUCCCAGCAGCAACAACCCUGGGGCCAAGGCGCGCCCCCCAGCGGCGACCCAGCAAACCCCUACGGCUACACUCGCGACCCGGCCGACCCCAACAACCCACAAGAAGGCGAGCGCGGCUUCAUGGGCGCCGUCGCCGGCGGCCUCGGCGGCGGCUUCCUCGGCCACAAGGCCGGCCACGGCGUCAUCGGGACGCUGGUGGGUGCUUUCUUGGGCUCCAAGGGCGAGGAUGCUUGGAAGGAUCAUAAGCAUAAUCAGCAGCAGAACCCAUAUGGGAAGUACUAG